AUGUUUACAGUUUCCAUACAAAAGUGACAGCUCCGAGCGAACCUAGAGCAACUCUGCUCUAAAAACGAAAUCAGCAUUAGUUAUGUAUUAUGUAAAUUUUGUUGUGAUUUCGUAGUGCUCAUAUUGUACAUAGCAUCAGGCAACGUAAAACUAUUUCCUUUGGAAUGUAUCGUACGUUUUUGAAACAUUUUAUCUCACCUGGUAGUCACCCAAAGAAACGAUCAAUUUUCACCGCGUCUGUCUUGCGUAACCUUGUUCCUGUAGAAUUGUCCUACAUUGCGUACGAUACAGUUAAAAGCGAAUCGAAUGGGGCUCCUGUACUGAUUCUACACGGACUGUUUGGUUCCAAGUUCAACUGGAACAGUCUGUCCAAAGCAUUCCACCAGAAGACCAAACCCACUAGAAAGAUCUAUUCAGUAGACGCACGAAACCAUGGAGACAGCCCGCAUACAGCUGUGCACUCCUACGAACACAUGGUCGCCGAUAUGGUAGCACUCUACAAAAAACUCAACAUCGAGAAAGCAUCGAUAAUUGGCCACAGCAUGGGAGGACGAGCCACCAUGCUCAUGGCUUUAAAAUACCCCCAUUUGAUUGACCGAGCCAUAAUCGUGGAUAUAUCCCCCACAACUGGUCUCGGAACCAGUAACACCGACAUCCCACUAUUUCUGCAGUCGAUGAAACACAUUCAAAUUCCUGCCAACAAUACGAUUCAUCAAGCGCGUAAAAUAGCCGAUCAGCAGUUGGCUAAAAUCAUUGACGUCAAGUCGUUGCGAGAUUUUCUCAUCACGAAUCUAAUCAAAUCGGAGGAAGAUGGUUCCUUUCGGUGGAGAAUCAAUCUAGAUACACUGGAACGUGACUACGAGUCAGGUGUAGCAACCUUUCCCGAUGUAGGGGAGCUACGCUUCGAGGGACCGACGCUGUUUAUCGCUGGUGGACGAUCGGAUUAUAUAAAUAAAUCUGAUAUUCCCGUUAUAAAGAAGCUUUUCCCGAAUUCGGAAAUUAAGGUGAUCGAAGGAGCGGGACAUUGGGUGCACAGUGAAAAAUCGACUGAAUUCGCUGGAUUGGUUUUGAACUUUCUGAAUGAAGAAUCUCCGUAGUAAACGGAAUGUGAUAGGCAGUUACUAGUCAAGACUUGUAGUUGCUUUGUGAACUUUUUGAAACGUGGAGAACAGUAUAAUAAAAAAAAACCGGAUGCCCAAUAUAAUAGUGUUUAGAAAACUGCAGUGGUGCAAAAUUGACCAUUUUUUCCCGAAGAAAAUAUUUUAGUGGGCUGUUAAAAUAACAGGCAGUUAGGUAACAGUUUUUCUUGUUAUCCUUUUGAUUUUUUAACUGUCUGUUAGCUACAACAACCGUCUUUCGAUCGACGCAGGAAUAUCAAUGGAAAGUAAUGUGAUAAAUCCGUAAUAAUCGAAAGCGAAAGUAAACAGAGAGCAGCAUUCAUUGCUUCUUAUACCCUGCUUUAAAUCCGUCAGAUUUAAAUUUAUCAAUUAUUCAAAAAGAAGCCAUAGCAAAAUGAAAUAAAUUAUUUCUUUGAAUAGAA